AUGUCCCGCUUCGUCUCAGCCAACGCCAACGCCGACUCCACCUCCGAAGAAGACAUCAGAUGGCUCGCCGCCCAAGCCGCCAUCGAAGCCACACGCUCGCAACCACGCCUCCCGCCAGGCCAACAAGAAGGCGGUAAAUCCCUCUUCGAAACCCUCGAAGCCAACAAAGCCGCAAAACAAGAAGCAUUCGAGCAAUCCCUCCGCCUGACCAACCAAUUCCAAUCCCUCGACGAAGACGACGUAGAAUUUCUAGAUUCGGUGCUGGAAGCGACGAAGAGGAAAGAGGCAGAGAUUCGACGGGAGACGAGAGAGUCAUUGGAGGCCUUUCGACAGCGGCAGGCCGAUGCGGAACGGAGUGCUGCGAGCAUCGCUGCUGCUGGGGAAUCUUCUUCUAAUACUGCUGCUUCGGGUACUGGUGCUGGUGAUGAGGAUACGACGACGACGUGGAAAGUGGGGCGGAAGAGGAGAAAGGGGAAAGAGGAUGGGGUGUUUGGAGGUGUGAAGUUGCGGAAGGCUUCAUCGUCUACUACUACUACUACUAUUACCGCUACUACUCCCGAUGGUGGCGGUGGCGGUGGUGGUGGUGGUGGUAGAAUCAAGAAGGAAACUACUGAAGUGGAUAAGGAAGAAAAGGAAGAGAAGGAAGAAGAGGAGAAAGAAGACGACACAGCAGCCGGGCAAUCUGCAAAGGUAAGCAAUAAUCAAGCUGCACUGAAGCCGCUAGACUCGAAGAGCACAUCAUCAAAUGAGAGUGGAGCUGCUGCUGCUGCUGAAAAGCCCAAGCAGGAUGAACCCGGUGCCACAGCUGCUGCUACAAGACCCAAGCAGGAUAAGCCAGGUAUCACAUCUGCGACUUCACCUCCCUCCACAAUUGGUCUUGCAGGCCUCGUAGCAUACGGCUCAUCAGAUGAAGACGAUGACUAGGAUCAGACUUUGUAAGACCAGACUUACAAAUCAGGUUCUUGAUAAGUUACG